UCAAAGAAGCCACACUUUCAAUAUCUCAGAAAUGCUACAAAUCGAAACCAAUCCGACAUAACUGAUGCACUCGAUUGUGGAACACAUGAAGAUGGAUGCGAUUUUCAACCUACUUGAGAAGCACAGACUAGAGCCUUACUACAACAAGUUUCUACAGUUAGGUGUGAAGGAUGAAAGAGAUUUCAUUGAUAGUGUAACAGAGGAAGACUUAACCAACCUUGGAUUAAGUCAGGUGGAAAAGAAUCGUUAUUCCACGAUGAAAAAAACCAUUGGCAGAUUUAGAGCCCCAGCACACCCAGCUGCGAUGCCAGUGCAAAAGUCAGGAAAGUCAUUCUCUCUGCAGUACACAUAUCCCAAAUGUCCAGAACUGAAACACAUCACAGAUAUGGAUCCAGCCCAAAAUACAAUUGAAGAUUUGAUGUUGAGGAUUUGCCAUUUUGAAAGUAUUCCCUCAUCCAAGGGUGUCUGUCUCUACACAUUUGAUGGGAUGCCCCUGACAGACGAUCCCUUCUUCAACACAUGGUCUUUACAAGACAGACACAUUAAAAGUGGAGAUGUAAUCUAUGCUAUAUUUACACCAAAGGAGAACUUGAAUACAGCUCCUCCAAAUUCCCAGCAACUGGGAAAUGAAACCUUUGGAACGGAUACAGUUCGGUGCCAUGUCAUGCUCAAGGGAGACUUCGAGGUGAAUGUGGACCUGGAAAAAGACACGAUAGCUAAUCUGAAGAAGAAGCUUGCAAAUGAAAGUGGGAUCCCAGCGCAUGUUCUUCAUUACAAAGGAGAAACUGGCACUGGCAACACAUUGGAAAAUUGUGGAAUCUCAGAGGGGUCCACAGUGCACUUCUCACUGUCCUCAUUUUCUGAGGAGCUUCCAGACUCCACAGUUUUCUUCGAAGAUGAUGUUAAGCCCUCAGUGCAACAAACCCCGAAAGGAAUCAGUGCCCUCUUGUCGUCACUGUAUAUCAUUAAACUUAGACCUCCAGUGGGUUCAUACAAGAAUUUGAUUGGCUACAUACGGAAACUAACCGGAUGUAACCCUCUGGCCCAAAGUUUGUAUCAGUUAUUCUGCAAGAAUGAAAUCAUAUCCAAGACUCAAAAGAUCGCAGUGGUCGAAGGCUUGUACACGCUCUUUAGAGAGCUUUUGCCAAAACUUGAAAAAGAACGGGGGGAAAAGAUCAUUGAGGACCUUGAUGUCUUUGAGUAUUCGACACACUGCUGGGCAUACCUCAUGUCAGAGGCAAAGGAAGAGACAUCAGAUCAUGAGAACUACGCACCAUGUUCUCUCAUGUCUGAAGAAGGCAGCCAUUUCCGCGAACCAGUCAAAGUUCCUGGAAUACCAGGUGCCUUGGAAAGAGCAGUUGUGCUGCAGAAAAUCAAAGAUGGAGAAAAGAUUCCAAACUGCACUGAAGAGGUUUUGAAAGACACGUCACUCAAGAGAGACACUAACACUGAGAAAAUUUUACUCAGUGUUCAUCCUUUAAUUUCAACGUAUCAUCUUUGGAUUUCUCAUGACAGUGUGACUGGCAAGAACUUUCACAUAAGUACUGGGAAGACUAUUGGAAACAUGGCAGAGCAACUAGAAGCUUUCCCUCUACUCAAAGUAUCUCCACCACUACGUUUGAAGGAUCUAGGAGUUCAAGACCCAUGUCUUGUUUUGCUGAAAGAAGACAAUGUUGGUGUUUAUCUGAUGAAAAACAAGCUAAUGCCUGAAAUGAUUCAGGUGUAUAAUUGUCUGACUGGCGAGACUGAAAAUGUGGAUGUGAACAAGUUGGCAGCACGAACUGGUGACCAUAGGGAUGAUCAUUCAUUUGUCACAACCAGGACUCCAAAAGAAGCCAUACUGGUGCUGAUAGACACAAGCUCAUCCAUGGCUGAAAAGUGCUACGGGAGUGUGGAAAUACAGAAAAUCCAUGCUGUAAAAGAGCUUUUUGAAAACUUUGCAACACGGAGCAUGGCUUAUGAUUUCCAUCAUGUCAUUGGCCUUGUGAAAUUUGACUCUACAGUGACAACGCUCCACACAUUUACAGAGACGCUCGAAAAGUUUAAGGAACACGUGCACACUCUUGAGGCCAAUGGACAAACCAUGCUGUAUGAUGCCCUAAAACAUGGAAUGCUUGAGCUGGAAAAAGUGAAGAGGGAGUUUCCAGACUGUAGACUUCGCAUUCUGUGUCUCACAGAUGGACUUGAUGUUGGAUCCACAAACAAGCCAGUGCCUGUUGCAGCCUCCCUGAUAAAAUCUAACAUCAUUUUGGAUUCGAUUAUUCUUGGAAAUGUCCAAAACAAUUGUCUCCAUGGAAUCAGCAUUGCAACAGGGGGUUGCUGUUUCAAUCCAAAGACAAGCAAAGAUGGUCUCAAGCUUUUUGAGAUAGAGACUGUUCUUUCUUUGGAGAUAAGGAAACCCAAGAACAAAGCUGACCCAUCCUCCAUCACUGAAAGUCUUUUAACAGGGUUCUUUGCUACUCAUGGAUACGAUGAAUUUCCAGAGGCUACCUUACCAAGCCAAAUGUGCAGUAAAGUGACAGUGACAGAAAGUGUGCUGAAAAAGAAGAUCCUGGAGGCCAAAGAUGGACGUUUCAUGGAAAAGGACAGACGUAUCAUGGAGGAGCUGAAGAGCCUCCAUUGUCACCCACAUCCCUACUUUAAUGUCUUUCCAUCUGAAUCUGACUUCACAUUCUGGAAGAUUCUCAUGGAAGGACCUCCUGACACACCUUAUGAGAAAGGAGUCUUUGAGCUCUUUUGCCAGUUUGGUUCUGACUACCCGGUGAAGCCUCCAACUGUUCGCUUUGUCACACGCAUCUACCACUGCAAUAUCAACAGUGUGGGGCGCAUCUGCCACAACAUAUUUGACCGGAACUACAAUUCACUAAUCACCAUGAGAGAUAUCCUUGAUGCUGUGUAUGGACUGCUGAUUGUCCCUGAGCCUCAAGAUCCAUUGGACAGCAUUCUGGCUGAGGAAUUCAUGACCAGCCAAAAGGUUUAUGAAGAACAGGCCAAAAAACACACUGAGGAAACUGCUGCGCAAUCACUGGAUGUUAUGGAGAAGAAAUUGGUGGAGCCUGUGACUCAGUUUGUACCCAACCAUCUCAUCUGCCCACUCACCAAGAAGAUAUUUGUUGAUCCUGUGAAAACAAGACAUGGAACAGUGUAUGAACGGAAGGCCAUUGAGAAAUACCUCAAAAAAAGCAGAUAUGAUCCAUUUGCCACCCCAAACACCAUGCUCAGAAGAACUGAUCUUAAGCCAGACCAUGACAUGAAGAAAAUGGUGACAGAGUAUCGUUCAAAUCAAAUUCAGGAGACCAGUGUGUAGCAAAAAGUUGGGAGCUACAAGUGUACAUCAGUUCCACAUACAAUAAAUACAGUAUGCCAGUGAGAAUAAUGGGAAUAAUGGGGGAAAAGUCAGCUAUUACACUGAGUACAAGUUAAUGUUGUCACAUUAUUUAACUGAGAAAUGUAAAUGUAAUCAUUUGCUUAUUUUUCAAAUACUUUAUUAUUAUACUUUAUUAUUCUUUGAGUUGAUAUACAACAACAACAUUUUAUCUGAAUGGCUAAAGUUAGUUUGACAAAUUUGCUAAACCAGUUGACAUUGUGUCCCUAAAUUAGGCUGGACUUAAUCAAAUCAAAUAAGCCUCAAUGCCCUCAAUGUAAAAUCCACCCUAAAACAUUUUUGUCAUUUCACAUGGCAAACACCAAAAUAUCAGUCAACGUUCUCAAGUGCUAUCGGACACAUCUGUAAUGAUAAAAAAUUAACAGGAUUGAGUUUUAUGAAUUUAUAACUGAAUUUACCUCUAACUCAAAGUGCAUUAAUAAUAUGGCAUGUUGUAUGUCAGUAUACCUAAUGGUUAUGAUGUAGAAUUAUGGACCCAAAAAUGUCACCCCUCUUACUCUUCCCACCAGCAAACUAUCAAAUGGAUAGGAAACAGUCCAGCUUUUAGCACAUCAGAGAGAUGUACAACCGGACCAUGGAUCAGAUGGUCAGCUCCAGAAGAUCAACAAAUGGUCACUUGGCAAAAUUGGAGUAAACAACCAAAAUCUCAAUUUUUAAAAAAUAUGACCAUCUCAAUAUCUGUAUUUGAUUGGUAACACCAAAGUAACACCAAAAGGAACGUGAUUAUAAAUAAGGUGUGAAUCCUGAACGCUCUGUGUCACACAUGCGCACACAAACUAGUGUUUGUGAUGAUUGUUAGCUAAAGUUUAGAUAACACUGCCAUCACCAGCCAUAUUCUGAUCCUGACUAGUAACCAGCAGUUAACUCUUUUUAUACACAUAUUUCUUAUUUCUGAAAUAAUAUUAAACUAUCCAACUAUUUUGUAACCCAUGUGGUGUUUUUAUGUAAUAGCUCAAGCACAAGAGUUCUACCCUAUAAAAUGGACGAACUGUAACAGAUGUAUUUUAAGACAAUAUCUUUUGUGUGACCAUACUGUCAGCAUCUUUUAUACAAAGUAACAGACAUUAAACUUUCACAAUAAUGUUUUUUUAUUAUUAUAAUCAAAGGACUACUGUGUAACCCACAUUUAUUUACUGUUAGCUUUGGGAAACAUUCAUUAUGUUGUUUGACCAGUUAACCACUUGUAUUAUGCUCAAUUAAGGUUUUCAAUGAUAUAAUAUGAAAUCCACAUUUGUAUGUCCUUUCUGUCAUUAUUAGCGCCAUUCGGUUUAUAUGUUCUUUCAUUUAAUGUUUUGAUGGGUCAUGGUGGAAGGUGGAUGUGGGAUAUUGUUAGUAACCUCCAGAUUAAACAAUUGAAAAGUUCUAUAGAAAAUUACUUGCUCCCCUAGUCUGAAACGAAAGGAGAAGACAGGUACCACUGCUGAAACCUAUGCCAGCCUCCAGCCAGGAAUAAAACUGCAGUGAUAUUUCACACAUUGCUUUUCAGCCUUGUGGCUUCCAACAAGAAAAUAUCCAGCUACAGCGCAACCCACAAGUAGUUUAGAUCUUAAUAUACUGCUCAUGACUGGGUUGAUGUCAAGAUAUUAUUUUACCAUUAAAUUUCACUAGUAGAUGUCUUAGUAUCAUUUAUAGCCAUAUAGUAAAUAGUCAAAACAUGUUCUCUCCCACCAUUUCCCAAUUCAUUACACUGUUUGUUUUAUCCGCUAUUGAUUACACUGUUCUUUUUCCCAACUUUUCAUCUCGCAGAUUAUCAAAUAUUGCAUUUAUCCUGUAGUAGUAGUCAAUAAAUAAAUGUCUUUACCUAAUCUCA